AGGUUUGGAUUAGUUAACCCUUGGAUUAUAUGUGUAUAUUUACCUCUUUAAUGAAACAUUUUGGUCAUUUUGAUUCUUAUAGUCUAUAUUUGUGAUAGAAACUUUUUUUGUGCUAUCCUAGGGUAUUUCCCUUCUGAAAAUAGUAAAUAAUAUAAAUAAAAUAAAAUUAUUAAAACUAUGUCAUUCUUAAUUAUUUACUUUAAUUACAAUCAAUUUUUUGAAUUACUAUAUGACUAUUAAGUUAUAUAAAUAAGAAUAAAAACUAGGGUGUUGAAUUUUUUUACACAAAACCAUUGUAGAUAUAAAAUUUGUAUAUGUGUUGAAUUAAUAUGUGGAAUAAGAGAAGAUGAUGUUGAUUGUGAAAAAAUGUAAGCUAGGGUGUUGAAUUCAUAUAACCAUUGUACAUCAAGUGAUUAAAAAUAAAAUACCUCCAAUUUUAAUAUUAACAUUCAAGCUUAUGAUUCUCUUGGUCUAGUUCAUAGUCAGCUUAUCCAAAUUACCAUAAAAGCUUUAAGAUAACCUAUAUAUAUGAAUUUAUCUUAUACUAUUUAGGAUUAGAAUAAUAUAAUUCAGAAAAUGUCUUAUUUAAAAAAAUGACAUAGUAAAGAUGCCCUAUUAACUCUAUUUUUUUUUUCUUUUUCCAGUUGCCGUAAGCUUUAUAUUCUACAACGGAGGCACGACUCUGUAUUCACCUAACCAUCUUCUUAUUAUAAAAUACGAAAGAUCUAGUAUGUAAUAUCAGAGCUCGCAUGGACCAUGAUAAAUGAAACAUUUGCCAUAUGCCUCCAAAUUUUUUGAAAAAAUUACAUACAAAUAAAUUCCAUACAAAAAUUUAAAGCUCCCAAAUAUGUAAGAAAAAAAUUUUACAUAGACAAUGUCACAUGUCCCCAAAAUCUCAAGGCCGGCCCUGUGUAACAUUAUAAUCUAAAAUCGAAAAUUUAUUGCCAAAAUAAAAACUAGAAAUGGCUAAAAACAAAUACCUAAAAUGAAAGAAACCGAAAUAAUCAAGAAAGAAAGAGAAUAGGAUUACACCAAAUCAUAUUAGUGGGCUGCUAAACUAGGCCCAUUAGUCAUGUAACAAAAGCUAGUUGAUGAAAGCUCAAGUUUGGUAUUUGGUAAGAUGAUUGCAACUAUUAUCAAGAAAUUAUAUUUUUCUUCUUUGGUGUACGUUUCAGGAUUUGCUAACAAUUGUGUAGCCAAACAAACCGUUGGUCUGUCGUUUUAAGAGUUGAAUGUACUAGGGUAUGAUUUACCAUCAAUGAAUUUUUUUUUAUGGCUUUGUCUAUUAGCUAAUGAAUCAUAUAGGAUAUAGCAAGGUGUACAAAUAAGUGGACAUAUAUUUUGAGCUUUAGCACUAAAGGAAGAUAAGACACUUUUACUGCUAACGGUUGUUUCAUUUUCAAUAUCGUCUGCGGUUCUGCCAUUCACCUAAUCAUCUUCGUACAAUAGAAUAUGAAAUUUAUAUCGAGCUAGUAUUGUACUCUUAAAUCUAUAACCCACAUAUUCGUUGCCUAAGCUAAACAAUAAACGACGAAAAACAACAACCUAUAAACAAGAAAAUAAACCAGUCUAAUCGGAAAAGGAGUAAGGAAUUACAUUACACUAAAUAAUUUAGUGGACUGCAAACUAAACUAGCCCCAUUAAUCAUGCAACAAAAGCUAGUUAGUGAACUUUACCUUAUUAAGUUUUAUAAUUACAUACAAUAUUUUUAAAACAUUUUGGAAGUUCAAUUGGCCAAUUGAUAGAUAUUAAUAUUAUGUAUGAUGUUAGAAUUUCCAAGAAUGUGAACUAAUGCAAAUAUUGAUGUUAAGUGCUAACAGAUAUGAAUUUACAAAAGUUGAAGUAUGAUGUAUGUAGUAUGUUUCAUGUGGUCUACAUGUUAACAAUAAAAUUGUUAUCAUGAAUAUGGUGCAAAAACAUUCUUUUGCAUAUAGUUAUCCGUAAAACCAUCUGCCAUGUUUUCAUGUGUUGUACAUAAUUAAUUUUGUUUAUGAUUCAUGAAUGAUAAGAUUAUAUCAUUCUUGGAUAAAAAAUUAAAAUACUAAUAAAUGGAAAAUAAAAAAAACAUAAAAAAACAUAAAAAAAAAACAAUUCAUUUAUAAAUAAAAAAACGUUAAAAUAUCUACGCAUUGAUUGGUAAAAAGCAUUAGCAUAACCAAUAUGCUCUUUGUUAUCCAAUCAACAAUUUAAAAAAAAACAUUUAGAAAAAUAUUUAGAAGAUGUUAAUGUUCUACAAAUGUUCGUUGCUCAAUGCUCUCAAAUAAUAUUUUUGGUAGAGCAUUUACAUAUAAAUAUAUAUAUAUAAAUUUAAAAAUAAUUAGAUAUAAUUAAAUUAUUUAUUUAAUAAUAUAAAAAAUUAUGUUUAUAUCCAAAAACAAAUUUUGCAAUGAACAUAUAUUUAAAAAAAUUAAAAUAAUAUUAUUUCAUAUUUAUAAGAUAAUUUAAUUUAUAUAAUCAUGUAUAAAAACAUUGAAUUAUAUAUAUAUUCUAAAUAUAAAUAUAUUUUUAUUAUUUAGAAAUAAAUAAAUUAUAUACUUUAUAUUAAUUUUAUGAUAAUUUUGUAUAUGAAUCAUUUAGUGCUCUGACAAUCACUUUAUUACAUCUAUAUUAUUAAAACAGAAUUACAUAUAUAAAUUUACCCUAAAACUUAUAAAUUAUUUACAUAUCAAUGUCACUGUAGUAAUAACUACUCUAAUUUAAUGAUUUUCCAUGUCUUUUUCUUCUAUUAUAUCAUUUCCUAAAUUAGUUAUAAGAAUAAAGAAUUUGGCAACAAUAAUUUCCUGUAAUAUAGGAAACAAACAUUAUCAUAAGCAUGUGGAAAACACCGAUUAAUAAAUCCAAUCCAUACCAGACUAUACUAAACCAAGAUGCAUCUUCUGUGAAAUUAAUAUUUGGUUCUAUGUAUAUAAUUAUAAUAUGUACGUCCAACACAGUCCAAAUUUUAAGUUUCUGUUUGGUUUUUGAGUUCGAUUUUUUGGUUCAGUCCUAGUUCGAUUUUUGGUUCUUGAUUUUUAUGCCCAUGCCUACAAGUUAAAAUAUCAAGUUAUACAUAAUUUUUAAAAUUAGUUUGUUAUAUAAACAAAAUGAAAAUUAUAUAAACAGAAAAAUAUAUCUGCACAGGUCAAGUUCUAGUAGUAUAUAAAAUCAGAGCAUAUUGCUACUGCUUUAUCAUCAGUUCUAGCAAUUAAGGUUUUGAUACAUUCAAAGUUUAUAUUAUUGGAAAAAAUAAUAAAUGUUUAAAUAAUCCAGUAAAUGUUUCCUUUUGGGCUUAGUGGAGUUGGUGGUAUGACUUAUGACAUGGGAAAAUGUGGUCGGUAUUUUGUAAUGUCUGAGCGGCUGAAAAAAACGACCGAGAAGGUUGGUUAGAACGUCACAUUCACGGUUGUUCAAAAAAAAGAAAAGGACGUCACAUUCACAAUUUACACAGCCAAAGUUCAAAUCAAGAGGUCAAACCGGGUUUAAUUCCCGGUUUAAUUCACUAAGUCCACGUUGAAUAAAGUAAACAGAAUCUGCUUUGAACCAAAACGAAAACGAAAAAGGUGUUUGUGUCUUCCCUCAAUUGCGCAUCACGUGUCUUUGAGCUCUCAUCACAUUACGGGAGCUUUUAAGACUUAUUGGUCUCAAUUUAAACGCUCAUCCAUUUCUAUGUUUUGAGUUAUAUUUAUUAUCAACCGGAUCUCUUCGCUGAUCGCUCCAAUACAAUUUUUUUAUUUCGAAGGAAGAUAUGAGUUCUGAUACCAAAAGUUCACCUCCAAGUGAAUCUGAGAAAACUUUGCCACCAGAGGAGUAUCUAAACAAGAUAAAUGAAGUGAGGGGAUUACUAGGGCCAUUGACUAAAAAGUCAUCUGAGUAUUGUUCAGAUGCUGCCAUUGCCCGGUACUUAGCUGCACGUAACGGCCAUGUCAAGAAAGCAACUAAAAUGCUCAAAGAAACCUUGAAAUGGAGGACUCAAUACAAACCCGAGGAGAUUCGAUGGGAAGAGAUUUCACGAGAAGCCGAGACCGGGAAGAUAUACCGAGCAAACUGUACCGACAAGUAUGGAAGACCGGUUUUGGUUAUGAGACCAAGUUGUCAGAAUACAAAAUCUCCCAAAGGGCAGAUUAGAUUCUUGGUAUACUGCAUGGAAAACGCAAUCUUGAAUCUACCGGAUCACCAAGACCAAAUGGUUUGGCUUAUCGAUUUUCACGGUUUCAACAUGUCGCAUAUAUCAGUCAAAGUAUCUCGCGAAACCGCUCAUGUGUUACAAGAACAUUACCCUGAACGCUUAGGCUUGGCCGUCCUAUACAAUCCGCCUAAGAUUUUCGAACCGUUUUGGAAGAUGGUGAAACCGUUUCUAGACCCAAAGACACGCAACAAGGUGGAAUUCGUGUACUCAGAUGAUAACGUAAGCAAGAAGAUUCUGGAGGAUAUCUUCGAUAUGGAGCAACUCGAGGUUGCGUUUGGUGGGGAAAACAGUGACUCGAGUUUCAACUUUGAGAAAUAUGCGGAGAGAAUGAGAGAGGAUGAUUUGAAGUUCUUUGGAAACACCACAGUGUCGUCAACCUCAGCUCUUUUGACCAACUCGGAUUCUGAAGUUUUGGACUCUGAAAAGAAGCACUUGGAGGACAAAUAAGAUGUGAAAAUCAAGAACGGGGCCUCUUUAGAUACAACAAGAACCUACUCUUGAAGCCAAGAAUAGAAGAAACUUCUGGUUACUAAAUUCAAACUGUAGAUUCUAAUAUGUUUCACACAGUAUAAUGCUUAUUUUUACUCUAUUAAAAUAGUCAUUCUAAAAAAUAAAAAUCUACUAUACAAAAGUCUGUUGUUGGACCAUUUCACUACUAACUUAACAAAUUCAAUAUAUAUAGACUAUUAAUAUGUCC